CCCACAACCACUACAACUACAACUCCCACAACCACAACAACUCCCACAGCCACUACAACUCCCACAACCACAACUCCCACAACCACUACAACUCCCACAACCACUACAACUCCCACAACCACAACAACUCCCACAACCACUACAACUACAACUCCCACAACCACAACAACUCCCACAGCCACUACAACUACAACUCCCACAACAACACCAACUACAACUCCCACAACACCACACUACAACUCCCACAACCACUACAACUCCCACAACCUAACCCCACCACAACGCCCACAACAACACCAACUACAACUCCCACAACACAACACCAACAACCAACAACCCCACAACACACCCGACAACGCACAACAAACCAACAGACCAACGCCCACAACAACAACCGGACAACGCCCACAACCACGACACAACGCCCACAACAACCACCAAACGACAACCCCACAACCCAAACAACCACGCAACACAACGCCCACAACAAACCACAACUACAAACGCCCACAACAACACCACACGACAACAACCAAAACCCACAACACCAAACACCACAAAAACCACACAACUCCACAACAACACCAACACAAACCCCACCAACACCCAACACAACCCACAACAACCAACGACAACCCCACAACACCACCAACGACAACUGCCCACAACAACACCAACGACAACUCCCACAACACACAGACAACGCCCACACAACACAACACAAACGCCCAACAACACCAACGUACAACGCCCACAACAACACAAACUGACAACGCCCACAACAACCAACGACAACGCCCAAACAACACACGACAACGCCCACAACAACACCAGACAACGCCCACAACACACACCAACGACAACGCCCACCACACCAACGACAACGGCCCCAACACAACGACAAACGGCCACAACACCCAACGACAACGCCACAACAACCCCAAAAACACCCCACAACAACCAACGACAACGCCCACAACAACACCCACAACCGCACAACACACAACCCAACACCAACGACAACGCCCACAACAACACCCAGACGACCAACGCCCAACCACACAACUACCAACGCCCAAACAACACCACACAAACCCACAACAACACCAACGACAACGCCACAACACCAACACAACCCCAACAACACCAAACGACAACGGCCAAAACACCACGACAAACCCCACCAACAACAACGACAACCCAACACAACCACCAACUACAACUCCCACAACACCACCAACUACAACUCCCACAACAACACCAACUACAACUCCCACAACAACACCAACUACAACUCCCACAACAACACCAAAUACAACUUCCACAACAACACCACACAACGCCACAACAACACCAACACAACCCCACAACCAAAUACAACCCAAACAACACCAACUACAACUUCCACAACACCAACUACAACUCCCACAACAACACCAACUACAACUCCCACAACAACACCAACUACAACUUCCACAACAACACCAACUACAACUCCCACAACAACACCAACUACAACUUCCACAACAACACCAACUACAACUCCCACAUCCACACCAACUACAACUUCCACAUCCACACCAACUACAACCCCCACAACAACACCAACUACAACUCCCACAACAACACCAACUACAACCCCACAACACACACCCUACCACAAACAACAAACCACGACAACUCCACAGACACACCAACACAACACCCCCCAAAACACCAACUACAACUUCCACAUCCACACCAACUACAACUUCCACAUCCACACCAACUACAACCCCCACAACAAACACCAACUACAACUCCCACAACAACACCAACUACAACCCCCACAACAACACCAACUACAACUCCCACAACACCACCAACUACAACUUCCACAUCCACACCAACUACAACCCCCACAACAACACCAACUACAACUCCCACAACAACACCAACUACAACUCCCACAACAACACCAACUACAACCCCCACAACAACACCAACUACAACUUCCACAUCCACACCAACUACAACCCCCACAACAACACCAACUCCCACACCCCCCAACGACAACCCCCACACAACUCACCAACGACAACCCCCCCCCCCACAACACCACUACAACGCCCGCCACCCCACCAACGCCCCGUCACGCCCCCAACACACCCGACAACCCCCACACCACACCACGACAUCCCCCCAAACACCAACACAACGGCCACAGCCACACCACACGACAACGCCCACAACAACACAACGCAUCCCAACACAACAACACCAAUCGACAACCCCCACAACAACCACCACAACCCCAACACAACCAAACACCCAACCACAACCCCACAAAAACACCAACACAACUCCCACACAACACCAACUACAACCCCACAACAAACACCACCACAACGCCAACACAACACCAACAACAACUCCCACAACACCACCAACUACAACUCCCACAACAACACCAACUACAACUCCCACAACCACACCAACUACAACUCCCACAACAACACCAACUACAACUCCCACAACAACACCAACUACAACUCCCACAACAACACCAACUACAACUUCCACAACAACACCAACUACAACUCCCACAACAACACCAACUACAACUCCCACAACAACACUAAAUACAACUCCCACAACAACACUAAAUACAACUCCCACAACCACACCAACUACUACUAUUACAAAAACACCAACUACACCCACCGCCACUUCCCAGACACCAUCUUCCAGCGAUAUAACAAUGGGUUAUACUACAUAUCCUGCCCAGGAAAACAGUGCACGAG